AUGGCGGAAGCAAGAGUUGAAAGCGCUGUGCCGCCGUUUGUCAAGUGGUGCAGCGACUUCUCCAGGGUGUUCCAGUACUACCUUGAUAGAUCGGUGCCUCAGCCGACGCUGAGGUGGGUGGGGACGCUUGCGGCGGUCCUGUUAUUCGCCUUGCGGAUUUACUAUGUCCAGGGGUUUUACGUCGUCUCCUACGGGCUCGGGAUCUACGUUCUGAAUCUGUUGAUUCAAUUCCUUUCCCCGAAGAUCGAUCCGGAGCUUGAGUCUCUUGAUGGAGCUUCUUUGCCGACCAAGACUUCCGAUGAAUUCAGGCCGUUUAUUCGCAGGCUUCCCGAGUUCAAGUUCUGGUACACCUUCACCAAGGCAGUUCUUGUUGCUUCAUUCAUGACCCUUUUCCCUGUGCUGGACGUACCUGUUUUCUGGCCGAUACUAGUGCUUUACUGGAUCGUUCUCUUUGUUCUCACAAUGAGAAAACAAGUCAUGCAUAUGAUCAAGUAUAAGUAUGUGCCGUUUGACUUUGGAAAGAAGAAGUAUACUGGGAACAAGCGUCCUGAAAGUAGCAGCAAGUCACGAGACUGA